UUUAAAUUAGAAAUAUCAUAAGAUGUAAUACUAAUUCUUAGAAUCAGAUGAAUUAUUCACAAGAGUGAAAACAAUGACAAAUGCAGCCAAACAAGCAGCAGCAACAGCUUAAAAAUAAGCCAAAAAAGAAGAUAAAUUGUUUGGAGAUGUUGAGAAGCCAAUCAAUGUUCCACCAUUGCCUGCUGGUUUCAAAGUUCUACAUAUAUAAUUAUUUUAAAUAGGUAGAAGUACCAUAAUUUGAUGUAAGUAAGAGAUUAAAUAAACUUCCACGCUCUUGGGAUUUGCCAUAAGAAUUAUACAAAAAACAUUUACCAAAAUAUAAUGUGGGAACAAUAUAUAGAAUCUAAGAAUUGCUUAAUGCUGGUGAGGGGUAAUAUUAUUUAUUAAAACUUUCAAGAUAUAUAGGUUAGACAGUGACAGUAGCAGGUUGGGCAAGAACUGUGAGAGAUUAGAAGAAUCUUUGUUUUAUUGAAUUGAAUGAUGGAACAAGUUUUGGAGGUCUUUAAAUAGUAGUUGAAGAUAAGAUUGACAAUUUUGGAUUGAUUGCGAAAGCAAAUACUGGUUUUUCAUUAAAAGUGACAGGAAAUAUUGUAAAGAGUCCUGCAAAAGGUUAAUUAAUAGAAAUGCUUGUAUCUGAUCCAACAAAACAUGAAGUAGUGAUAUUAGGAUAAGCUGAUCCAGAGGAAUACCCAAUGGCAAAAGGAUUUUAGAAACCAGAGACUUUAAGAUAGAAAGCUCAUUUAAGACCAAGAGGCAAUUUCUUUAGUGCAGUUACAAGGAUAAGAAAUAAUUUAGCAUAUUCUACUCAUGUAUUUUUUUAGAACAAUGGAUGUUUAUAUAUUCAUACUCCAAUAAUAACAGGAAGUGAUUGUGAAGGUGCUGGAGAAAUGUUUAGAAUAUCAACAAUUUUUGAUAAUGAUAUUAAGAAAAUUCCCUAAGUGAAUGGAAAAGUAGAUACAGCAUAAGAUUUCUUUAAAAAAGAGGUUAAUCUAACAGUAUCUGGUUAAUUAUAAGUGGAAGUAAUAUUUAUUUAUUUUAUAAUAGAAUUUCUGUAUAAGUAUGUCAAAUGUAUAUACAUUUGGUCCAACAUUUAGAGCAGAGAAAGCUCAUACUCAUAGACAUUUAGCAGAAUUUUGGAUGAUUGAACCAGAAUUUGCAUUUGCUGAUUUGUUUGAUAAUAUGGAGGCAGCAGAAGGUUAUGUUAAAUUCUGUAUAAAUUACAUUUUGUAAAAUAAUAUGGAUGAUCUUUAAUUUUUGGAUCAAAGAGUUAAACCUGGAUUGAUAAAUUAUUUAAAAGACAUUGUGAGUAAAGAUUUCAUAAGAUGUUCAUAUACUUAAGGAAUUGAUAUUUUAUUAAAUGCAUAAAAAGCUGGUGCAAAAUUUGAAAAUAGUGAUAUUAAAUGGGGAAUGGAUUUAAAUAGUGAACAUGAGAGAUUUAUAGCUGAGAAAGUAUUUUAGAGGCCAGUAUUCUUAUAUGAUUAUCCUAAAGAAAUUAAAGCUUUUUAUAUGAAGGUUACUGAUGGUAUAAUAAAUAAAUGUAUAAUAUUUAGAUGGAAAAUGUGUUAGAGCUAUGGAUAUGUUGAUUCCAUAAGUAGGUGAAUUAAUAGGUGGAUCAUAAAGAGAAGAAAGAUAUGAUGUAUUAGCAUAAAGAAUUAAAGAAUGUGGAUUAAAUUUAGAAGAUUAUGGGCCUUAUAUGGAUUUAAGAAAGUAAUUAAACUUAUUAUAUAAUUUAGAUAUGGUACAGUACCUCAUUGUGGAUUUGGAUUAGGAUUUGAAAGAUUAGUAAUGAUGGUUACAGGAGUUGAAAACAUAAGAGAUGUUAUUCCAUUCCCAAGAUAUCAUGGAAGUGCUGAAUUCUGAGAGCAAUUGAUUAUUAUGAAGUAAAUUAAAUAAAAAAAAUAAGUA